UCGGCUCGCAGAGCGGGAUCUGCCUGCGCCCGCUUCAGCUCAGGCCUUCCACCACCAUGGAGGGCUCCGUGCUGCGGCCGGCCGUGUCCGCCACGCGGGCCCGCCGCGGCGGGGCCGUGGGAGCUCUGGCGCUGCUCGCGCUGGUCGCCGCCUCGUCGCAGGCUGGUGCCUGGACAUUCUUACCCCCCCUGUCGCCGAGCGAGGUGCCGGCGGCCCUCUCGGACGCGCGGGCGCAAGAAUCUGGCCCCUGGGAGUGGUGGGGGCGGGCCGCCGCCGUCGACCUCGCCCUCUGCGAGAGGGAUGUCCGCCGCACUGUGCAGAACGGCAUCGACGGCGUGAGUAGCUUCCUGGAGCAGCUCGACGACGCCGCCGCCGCGGCUGGCUUCGCGACGAAGCCCGUGCCAGCCAUGGGCGCGGAGCUUGCGCGCGCGCGCUGGCGCCCGGAGGCCGUGCCGAACGUCAUCGAGCCUCUCACGAACCUGUACAUGAAGUAUAAAUUUGUGAUCAAGCCGCGCUGCAAGGACUGUAUGCUCAUCCGGCGCUGGGGGCGCUUCUAUCGGGUGUGCCACGUGUUCCCCAAGCACAAGGCCCGCCAGCCGGGGCUCGCCAAGGGCAAGCACGUCAUCAACAACAUCAAGCACAAGCUGCGGG